AUGCGCUUCUAUCUGACAUUGGCUUCUGUGGCCUAUCUUGCCUCUGGCGUUCAGGCGCAUUUGCCCCACCACAGACAUGCGCGAAACGCCAACGCUUUGACCGUGUCUUUGGAGCCUGUAUCGGGGCAAUCGGCCCAGGUCAACGUCUCUAUCAAGAACGACAGUCCUACUGAUCUGAGUCUACUCAAGGUUGGUACCAUUCUUGAUGAGCGGCCUGUCAAAAAACUGUCACUGAAGGAUGAUAAUGGAAAUGAGGUGCCUUUCAUGGGCAUUGAGCUGAGCCUCUACUACGAUGGACUCAAGACCAACCACUUUCAGAGACUCAAAGCUGGGUCCUCCACCUUUCGAAUUGUUGACUUGUCCACCAUGUACGACUUGAAGUCUGGUACAUACUCUGUAUAUGCCGAAGGUAGUCUCCCUGCUGCCAUAGAGGAAUCUAGCAAGCCGGUCCCCGUUUCCUUCAGGUCCGAGGCUCUCUCGAUGAAGAUUACCGAAGCCUCGUCAGCCAAGGUCAAGCAAAAAGCAUCGAAGCGUACUAUCCUCCAGGAGGACUCUUGCACCGCUGAGAAGCUUGAACUCACUGCUAACGGUAUAAAAAACUGUGAAUCGCUUGCCCGGGCCGCAGCGAAGGAUGCAUCUGACGUUCACUCCGCGAGGUUCGUGGAGUACUUCAAGUCAAACGAGACCGAGACACGCGAACAUGUCACAGGCCGACUCCUUGCCGUCGCUGAAGAGUGCUCUACUUCAGACAGUGGCAACACACGAGUCUCUUGCAGCGAUGAGUUUGGAUACUGUGAGAGCGACGGUCCUUUGAUUGCUUACACUACCUGGGUUAACGGCUAUGUCACCAUGUGUCCGCUCUUCUACGAUACGCUGCCCCCUCUACCGCAAAAGUGCCACAAGCAGGACCACGCCACUACGACGAUCCACGAGAUGACGCAUGCGCGAGCCGUGUAUGAGCAGGAAGUUUCAACUCAGGAUUAUGCUUAUGGUUAUGAGAACUCUACUGCUUUGGAUCCUCUGUCUUGUCUUUACAACGCUGAUUCGUAUUCACUUUACGCUAACGGUAAGCUCACUAUGCUACACGACCCUGUUCCUGAAUGA